UUCUCCUGUUCUCUUCUUUCUCUCAUUCAUGUCUGAUGAAAAACAUUCUCAGACAAGUUUAAUACAAAAUCAUCUUCUCACGCACGUUUUUUUAGGGUUACAUAUUAUUAGUCAUCUUUUAAAUCAAGUAUCGAUCUGAAAAAUCAGACUCCUAAUCUCUGCUGAAGUUUCGGUUAAAGUGAUUCAGAUGUCACGUUGUGUGGAUCCUCCAAGUAAAGAAUGGUUGAAGGCACCUAAGGGUUCACCUCGGUUUAUUGAAGGUGUUAAGUCGUUCAUUCAAUUUACAGUUGAGAGUCUUGGCAAAGAUAUAAGUGAAUUUCAUUGUCCUUGUAUGAAAUGUCAGAAUUACAAUUGUUGUCCAAAAUCUCUUGAUGAAAUACAUGGGGAUAUUCUUCAGCAUGGGUUUGAUGUGACAUAUCGGUCGUGGAUCCAUCAUGGAGAGCAAUCUGGAGCGAAUGAUUCCAGCAUUAGAGCUCCUACGUUACCCACUGAUAAUAUUGUGAAUGAAGCUCCUGGUCCGAUCGACUUGUUGUUUGACACACUAGGCCGCGCUGAUCUUAUUAACAAUGAAGACUUCCUUGGUGAUUCUGAUCCGCAAGUUGGUACUGCUGCAACAGUUGAAGAUGGUUCUGGUGCUAAUGCUGAAGAUGGUGUUGGUGUCGAUUACAGUAAGAUGAUGAUGGAUGCCUUACAACCCCUGUAUCCAGAUUGUGGUGGUGAACAUAUAAAACUGUCGGCAGUAAUCGAGCUACUUAGUAUGAAAGCAAGGUAUCAAUGUUCUAAUGUUUUCUUUACUGAAUUAUUGAAAUUUAUGAAAACUAUUUUACCCGAAGGGAACACGUUACCAGAUUCUUGUCGUAAAGCUAAGGACAUGAUUAAGCCAUUUAACUUGCCGGUCGAGAUUAUCCAUGCUUGCUCUAAUGAUUGCAUACUUUAUCGGAAGGAGUAUGCUGAUUGUGAUGAGUGUCCUAAAUGUCACGCAAGUAGAUGGCAACUACCUCCUGAAGGGAGUAAUCCAAAUGCUAAAAAGGUGCCAGUGAAGAAACUAAGAUAUUUCCCAAUUACUGAAAGGCUGCAGCGUUGGUAUGGUACUCCGUGGAUAGCUGAACAGAUGUACUGGCAUUCAAAUGUUUAGAAAGUUCUACACACAUGCGACAUCCUGUGGAUUCUUCUUCUUGGAAAUCAAUAGAUAGGAAAUGGCCUGCGUUUGCUUCCGAGAAACGUAAUGUGCGUCUAGGACUAGUCACUGAUGGUUUUAAUCCAUUCGGAAUGAUGACUUCGCACAAUACUUGGCCUGUCAUGAUUAAUGCUUAUAACCUUCCACCAUCAAUAUGCACAGGGAAAGAUUUCACAAUGUUAGUAUUACUUAUUCCUGGUCCAAGUGCUCCCAACCACAACAUUGAUGUCUAUUUGCAGCCGUUGAUCGAGGAGUUGAUUGAGUUAUGGUUAAGCGGAAAGCUAACAUAUGAUGCUCAUACAAAGACUUGUUUCACAAUGAAAGCAAUUUUAAUGUGGUGCAUACACGACUAUCCGGCUUAUGCACACAUGUCUGGUUUGCGAACAUCUGGAAAAUUUGGUUGUCUGGCAUGAGGUGAAGAAACUGAGGCCUUUUGGCUGAAAUGGGGUAACAAGUUUGCUUACAUGGGUCAUAGAAUAUUUUUAAGAGAUCGUUCUCACCCUUAUAGACGUAACAAAGCUAGGUUCAAUGGAUCUGAGGAUAAUAGGGGUGCACCAAGUCGUUUGAGUGGCGUCCAAUUGUUCAAUAGGACAGCAACAACAAAUAAGGAAUUUGGGAAGCUGGUAAAGCGGUCAGUUGAAUCUCCUUAUUCGAAGAGAUCAAUCUUUUUCAGUCUGCCAUAUUGGAAGUUUCCGCAUAUUCUGCACAAUGUGGAUAUGAUGCAUGUAGAAAAGAACUGGGCAGAGAACUUGUUUGGAACUUUAAUGCGACACAAGGAUAAGUCUAAGGAUGGGGUUCCAGCGCGCAGAGAUCUAGAACUGCUGAAUUUAAAGCCUAACUUGUGGUUGCAGGAUAAUAAUGGAAAACAAGAAGUCUCCCAUGCUCCUUAUUGGUUGCCUAGCAAUGAAAGAGAACUAGUCUGUAAACUUUUAGCAAACUGAAGGUUCCUAUUGGUUAUAGCGGAAACUGGGAAAAAAAAGUGGAUUUGAAAGAGUUACAAUUUAAGUGUUUAAAAUCUCACGACUAUCACUGUCUUAUGCAGGGUUUGAUGCCAAUUUUUCUAAUGUACUGUUUGAAAGAGCGUAAGCCUUUGCGCGAGGCAAUAAGACAUUUGUCAUUGUUUUUUAAGGUUCUUUGUUCUAAGGUUAUUGAUCGUGAAGAGCUUCGUCUAAUGCAUGAACGUGUAGUGGAGUCUUUAUGUUUGUUUGAAAUGUACUUCCCGCCGGCUUUUUUUGUUUCUAUGACCCAUCUUGUCGCACAUUUGGCCGAAGAGGCACUAACAUUAGGACCAGUUCAAUUUAGCUGGAUGUACCCUUUUGAGAGGUUUACUCCUUUAACUACUGAUCCUUUUAAUUUAAUUCUUUUGAACUUAUGUACAUUAUAUAUCUGGUGUUACCUUUUGAACAAAAACUAUAUUGGAGGGUCUAUUACUGCACAGCAUGAUGUCGUUGAAGGAGCUCGCCAUUGGAUGGAGUUCAUUCCCGAGGGUAAGCUAAAGUCUUACAAGUGUCAUGGAAAGGUAGCAUUGCGCGGUGAGGUAUAUGAAGGUCCACACCCGCCUACUUCACGUGGAAAACCAUACCAGUUAACUGCCGUACAACAUGAGCAAGUUCAACUUUGGGUUUUGAGACAUUCAGAUGAAAAUAUUGAAUGGGAAGAGUAAGCAGAAUCCUAAGUUUUGUCUCUGAAUCAUUUCUUUACACUAUAUGAGGCUCUUGACCAUUAUAAUUAUGUAUAGUAUGAACUAAUAACCAUGUCACUAAUUAUUAAAUUUGUCGUUUCGCGGUAAAUACAAGAGGUACAUUGGAAGUCUAAACAGAAAAUCUAGGAGAAAGGCUAUGAAUUACAUUCCCUGGUUAAGAGAUUAACUUCUAGGCACACCCAUGACAGAGUUUCAUAGGCUCGUACUUGGUCCUUCCUUUAAGACAGUUUCCUAUCGGGCGUAUUCAGUAAAUGGUUAUCUGUUCUGUACGGAAGAAGCAGAGAAGUCUAUGACCACACAAAACAGUGGAGUGACAAUGGAUGCCUUCACCAGCUUUAGAGCAAGUGCUAGAGAUUCUAACUUAGUGGUUGAUGAUACUUCUUAUUUCGGCAUUUUGCAAAAGAUACUUGAACUCGAUUAUGAAGAUUUCACAGAAGUAGUUUUUUUAUGUAGUUGGGUUCGAGUGAAAGACAAAAAACAUGGAUCAUAUGUGGACGCAGAGACCAAUUUGAGGUUCGUCAACUUCGAAAGGUUUACGAGCCAGUCUAAAGAUGUCGACGAACCAUUCAUCCAUGCUUCUCAAGCUAGCCAAGUUUUUUAUUGCGGUGAUGAGAAUAGGAAGCAUUGGCAUCUUGUUUUAGAAUCUCCCAAAAGAUCAGGCUUAAAUGUGAAUGCUUAUGAAGAUCCUUAUGUGUUUACUGCACCUGCGAAUCAAGCUCCACUAAUUUCAACAUCUGUAGCUGACAACGAGUAUUGGAAUGGAGAUCAGGUAAUAAGUUUUGACUGAAUACUUGAAUUUUUCUUUUUUCUCUCUUUUUUUGUAUGUACACGGAGAGAUGAACACAUGGUCCUCUUCAUGUUAUCAUGAAACAAGCUAAAACCAAGGAUUGCAGCCUAUCAUUCAGGUAUACUAUUUGGAUCAGUUGGCAGAGCAGUUCAUCUUUUUGUUGGUUUUAGUAUAUUUUCAUUGUUUGUAGGUUGGUGUGAAUUCAGUAGUUGUGCAGAGCUUUUUGGGGUUUUGACCUAAGUGUCAGCUCAAUUCACAUGUGAAUUCAGUUAAUAUGGUACAACAAAUUUCAAAUUUGAAUUGAAGGUGAAUGUUUUGAUUUGUGUA